GGCAAGGUCACGGCUUUCUAAAUGCAAAACAUGUCGCUUGGGCAAAAACACAUUCAGUUUGUUUUUUACUUAGUGAGGAAGUUUAUUCAGGCUCCAGAACAAGAAGGAGUAGUGGAAGUUUUUGGUUGCAGUCUGCAUUUUCCAGACAUGUUUUCACGAAGGAAACUUAGAUGAAAACAAGUAGGAAGUUCUUGUCUGGUUAACUUUUCCAAGAAAGUCGUUUCUUUACUGUGAGAUGCAACAGACGCUCACUGGAUAUAAAAAUUAAUAAGAGAUCAUGAAAGACGACGACUUUUCUGUAGAAGAAGAGAUGCAUUCUUUCAGAUGCGAACAAAGUGAUGUAAUUUUGUUUUCUAAUGAAGCAGAGAGGACUGCAAGACCCGGCUGUUGUAAAUGCCAAGCUCCAUGGUCACUAAGUGUGGCUGUGAAAGUGCUAUACAUAUUUUUUAGUUGUCUCAUCAUAGCUGUUGCUGUGCUGGCAUCUGUAGUGUUCAGAAAGGUUGACUCCAUAACCAAAGAUAUCAACACGGCCCAAUCAUUUUAUGAGACAAAGAUUAGCUCUGUGCAGAUGAACAUAAAAGAGCUAGAUCAAAAAUCCAUCAGCCACAAUUGUUCUUCAUGCCAUGAAGUUUCCCAUUUUGCUCAAGAAAUUGUUGACUUACAGAAAGAGUUUGAACAGAUACAGCAAUUACUUCUGGCACAAGAACCAGUGCUGGAUGAAACUGUCCAAAAUCAUCAAACACUAUCAUCUGACAACCGCAGAAUCAUUAAAGAAGUUACCUAUUAUUCAUCGUCCAUUGAACAGAUCAACCAAACAAUGGAACGAUUUUCAAUGAAGGUAAAUGGCUUGCAAACACUUGUAAAGCAACUCGAUGAAUUUAUCAGGAGACUAUCCCAGGAUCAGUACAAAAUAAGGAUUGGAGUACAACAUAUUAACUUCACCACCAACCAGAAUUCUUUAUGGCUUGAAGAAAUUCAAAGAAAAACCAAUGAGGAAACCUUAAUAUUACAGAAGAUAGUGACAGACUGGCAGAACUCCACAAAAGUGUUUGGAGUUUUAAGGGCUGCAGUGAGCAAGAUGAAUGACAUGGUCAAAAGUGUUCAGAAUACCCUGGCCACCACACUCCAAACCAUCUCACAGAAUUCUGAGUUCAUGCAUGACUUAAGCUUGCAACUAUUGUCUGUGCAUGAGCAGUUUGAAAAUAUAUCUACCUACCUUGAUGACCAUGAAGAAAAUAUCCAGGACAUCCUUUACCAUGCAAAGUAUUAUGAAAAUAGGACAGCUGAAAGAUUUGAAACCAUUAUGGGGCGAAUGGUUUCCCAUGAAACUGAAAUUAACACCAUACUGGCCAACAUCAAUGCCACAAAUAACCAUGUACACAGUAUGAUCAAAUACAUCAGCGACGUGAGGGCAUCUUGUUCAAGUGGGCUUGGAGCACAUUCAGAAGAACUUUAUCACCUCAACAUUUCUCUGGCCGUUAUUCAGGGCACGACUGAUAUGUUAAGACAACGCUAUAAUCUGUUAAGUGCAACACUGAAUAAAGAAAUAAACAAACUUGGUGUUGUUAUGGAAGAAAUGAAAAUUAUUGAUGCACAACAUGGAGAAGCAAUUAAAAACUUCACAAUUUUGAGAGGUUUGCCAGGACCUCCAGGACCAAAGGGAAACAAAGGAGAAUCAGGGGUAAAAGGAAAUGCUGGACCUGUUGGAUUAAAAGGUGAUAUGGGUGACACAGGACCCACAGGAAAGCAAGGUCCACGAGGUUUGGAUGGACUCCCUGGUGUUCGUGGAGAGAAAGGUUCAAGAGGCCCAGAAGGAGGUCCUGGUCCAAAAGGAACGAAAGGCAACAUGGGGAGGCCUGGUAUCCAAGGGCAAGCUGGCCCAAAAGGAGACAGAGGACCAGAAGGGAAACCAGGACCACCUGGCCCCAAAGGCCAAAUGGGAAGUAAAGGAGAUCCUGGAAUUCCUGGCCCACGGGGACUUAAGGGGGAAGUGGGAAAAUUGGGACCCCCAGGGCCGCCCGGACCACCAGGUCCGUAAAUGGAAGCACUUUGUUUUAACUGAUUAAACUUGCUGUAUGUUAAUUAUAUAACCUUGUAUCACUAAAUGUAUGCUUUAUUUGACUUUUAAUCAGCCGUGUUUAAUGUUGAAGAUAUGAAACAGAUUCAUUUAAACUGAGAUAGUCACUGUCACUGACAUGUGAGCUCCUGAUCACAUGCAAUUAGUUACCAACCAGUUUAAGUAGUCAUCGUUGAAAGGUGUUGCACACAGUGACUGUCAUAGCGAUGGCUGUUUUUUUGGUAGACUGCUAAAAGACGAAUGGUUUCAUGGAAUCAUACAACAUAAAAACAGGCCCUUCAGCCCUUUUGUCCAUGCUGACCAUCAGGUUCCCAUCUAUACUAAUCCCAUUUACCAACACUUGGUCCAUAGCCUUCUGUUGCCUUGUCAAUUCAAAUACUUGUCUAGAUACUUCUUAAACGUUAUGAGAGUCUCUGCCUCUGCCACCCUCUCAGGUAGUGCACUCCAACCAUCCUCUCAGUGAAAAAAAAUCUUUCUUAUAUCCUCUCUAAACCUUUUACUCCUUAGGUUAAAUCCAUGCUCUCUGAUCAUAUACACCUAUGCCUCAGAGAAACAUUUACAAAUUUCUACCCUAUCUAUGCCAUUCAUAAUGUUGUAUACCUCUAUCAGGUCUCCCCUCAGUUUUCUCUGCUCCAAGAGAAACUUGUAGAGUUUCUAGAGUUUGAUCAAGUGAUGCCCACAACCAAAUGUCUCAGCAUACCAAUGUUCAGUUUUAGCUGUAAUUCUUUCAAUAUAUAUACUGUGUGUGUAUAUGUGUAUGUGUGUGUGUGUGUGUGUGUGUUUGUGUGUGUGUGUGUAAACAAAGAUAACCAAAUAUGUGAAGUGCCUGAGGAUUGUAAUUAAAAUCAAAUCCAAAUGAAAUCCACGCCAGGGUGUGUCACUGCCUUCAGGGGAUGAGGGACACCAAAUGAUGUUUACUAGGAUAGAAAUUGGACUUUAAAACCUUCAUUUUAUAUGCAUAAAUGGACCUGUGGUUGAACAGUCUCAAAUAUUGAUGCAAUCAGUAUGUGGGGAAGCCAUAUUGGGUUUCUGCGACUUUUCGGGCACUGCAGAUAGCCACCUGGUACAGUUCUUGUGCAAUCAAGAGGCUUAACGCAUAUCUUAGGCCCCCUCAUUGCCCUCUGUAUUGUGGGGUCACACAGGAACCUUGCCUGAUCCAUAAUGAAUUCUUAACUUCUUACUGAAUGACCUUAUAAUAAACAAAUAAAUCAUUGCUUUGGUGCCGGGAGAGCAAGAAUAUCUUUGACUUCACAAUUCCUGUUUGCCAUCUUUUGGGGUCAGCUUUGGGCUUCUGUACUGAAGUAAGUAGUUCACUAUAGACAAGUGCAAGGCAGAUUCCCUCAAAUUAAUAGAAGAAGGAUGCACUCUAAUUUUCAUUCAGCCUUGUGACUUUCCAAUUCAGGCACAUCACAGUUAUAUGUCAGGUACUGGGUAGCAUUGAAUGUAUACACCCAUACAUUUAUCAGUGUGACAAUACGGUCAUGCACACUUUUAUGGUGCAUCUUCACUGACUUAUUCUGCUAUGAAAACUGACAAGGGUGUGGGAUUUUAAGCCUAACAUGUAAAUGAUAAAUAAUUUUGACCAAAUGGCUCGUUACCAUUUAAACAUAAAAUUAAUUUGUUUUAAUUUUCAUCCACUUUUGAUGCAUUUUUUGGUUUCCUCAUUUACAUAGAUUUUCCCAAAUUCUUAAAAUAUGCAGUUUCAAGUCAUAAGAUUGCUCUGAACUUUCUACUGGAAAAGAUAUCCCACCAUUAAUCACAAAACGUAUUGGAAAAUGAAUGUCAAAGCAGCGAUGAAAAUGUACCAAAGGCUAUAAAAAGUUCUUCACAGCUUUGAUAGCAAUGCUACGGCAGUAGUUUGUCUAAUUUGAUACAGUUCUGGGGUGGGCAGGACUCACGCAACAGAAAAGUG